GGAAAACACACCAAUUUCAGUUGGUUCUCAGCAUAAAAUGUCGACACAUUUUGUGUCGGUGGUUCUCUCGUUAGCCUUGUUGGGUACAUGUUACAGCCAGAAUGACUGUAGCUACAAUAGCUUGCUACAGUAUUUGAAUUUUACCAACAUUCCAGGUCCAAAUGUGCGACCAGUAAAAGACUGGACAACGCCGAACAUUGUGUAUGUAGACAUGUUCCUCUAUACUGUUAUCAGCUUGGACACAGUUUUGCAGACAUUAACCUCUCUUAUCUGGCUUGACAUGACAUGGUAUAAUGAAUUUAUUUCCUGGAACCCAGAUGAUUUCUGUGGAAUUCACAGAAUAUAUGUUACUGAUAAGACAUUUUGGAAACCAGACAUUCUCAUCUCCGAACUGACGAAUGAUGAUGGUAAAUCUCCACUAAUAAUAUAUAAUACUCUUGAAAGUGAUGGCAAAAUCACUGAUUCAACACCAAUGCAGGUUAUUAGUAACUGCAAUAUGGACAUGUACAAGUUCCCUUUUGACACCCAGACUUGUUUCUUGACCUUUGGUUCCAAUGUUCACCCAGUCCAGGAUAUCAUCAUUUUGCCAAAAAACAAUUCUACCCAAGUUAGCCAAAAUGCAAAGGAGCUUUUUUACAGCAAAGGAGACUGGGCCUUGGACCAGAUUACUGUUGUAAGCCAGACAAUCCAAUAUGAGGGGGCACAGUACAGCCAAGUUAUCUAUAAGAUAACGUUGAAAAGAGCUUCUGUGAUUUACGUUAUUAAUCUCAUCAUGCCCUUGUGCUUCAUGAUGUUUCUAGACCUUGCCAGUAUGUUCAUACAUUUGGAGUCUGGGGAAAGGCGUGACUUUAAAAUUAAUGCUGUUUUUGGAUUCUUUGUGCUCCUGUUGAUUUUUAAUAACAUGACUCCCAAUUCUGACAGUGAACCUAUGCUAGGUACAUUCUGCAUUGUCUCUAUGGCCAUUAUGGUAUUCAGCCUUUUGAACUGCAUAAUUAUGUUAUACAUUCACUCACUUUCGGAAACCAAAAAACAAGUUCCACCCUGGGUAAAGAUAUGGAUCAUGAAACAUUUGGCACGUGUCCUUUGCUUCCGUCCUCUGGAAUCGCUGGACGAAGAUCUGGCAACCACUGUGGAAGCUGAUACAAAUACUAAGAACCGAAAAAGAGCAGAUAAAAAGUUAGAAACCCAAGACAAGAGGAAACCCACUCAAGGAAAGGAAAAUGUUACCCAAGAAGUAAAAGUAUUAAAGGGGUUACUGUGGGAAGUUAUGAAGAUCCACCAAAAGUUGGAUCUCUCGAACAACAACGAUGAUGGCAAGUCUGAGUGGUGGUUUGUAGUCCAUGUUGUGGACCGGCUAGUCCUUAUCAUCUACGUCAUAAUUUUGAUUAUUAUUUUUGCUGUCGUUAUUUUGGCUUGGGCUAAUUGAAUGAUAUUUAUAAAUACAAUCGAGGCCUGGAUACGUAACACAGAAACUUAACAAACCAACCUCAUGCCUAAAGUAUGCAUAAAUAAUGUUUAAAAUAUGUAAAGGAGGCACCAUCUAGGUAUCUUAUUAGAAUCAAAUAAUGAACUA